GCCAAUAAUACCAGUUGCCAGACAACUGUUCAAAUGUAUUUGAGAAUAACGGUGUAGAUCAGAAUCAACCGAUGGAUAUGUUAUUUCCAAUAUUUGAAAAUAAUGAAGUUAAAGCUCUCCUAGAGUCAUGGGAUCUGGCGUUUCUCCAUCAAACUUGCAUAAAUAAUUAUAUUGAUAUACCAGCAUUAAAGAACAUGCAAGUACAUCAUGUAGAAAAACUGUUAUUGCUUUAUCCACUUGGUGUAACAAUCAAAUUUGAGACUAGUCUUAAGUCAUGGCAAAAAACGCUUUCAGAUAAUGACAUAAUUAGUUUGCCCAGGAUAUGUGAAUCAUCAACGUCAGCAUUACCUUUAUCUAUUCCUCAGUCAAAAACAUCAUUUUGUCUUGAAACUGUAUUUGAAGAAAACAAUCAGUGUGCAUAUGUAAUUGAUUAUUAUGGUUUACAUAAUUGUUUAAAUGAUUCAUGCAGAUCAAUAAUUGUAACUGCUAUCAUAAAUCAUAUUAUAAAAGCAAAAAUACCAAUGUCUAUUUCUUUAGCAAAUGUUAUAGGAGACACAGUUGUUGCUAAAUUCCCCACUGAAUUAAAAGUAAUAGUCUUCAAUAGUAUAAACUGACAAUGAAUCAAUAUUAUACAGUUAAUUUUAUUUUAGGACAUAUACUUCAUUAAAGAUUCAAUUAAUAAAACUCCUAAAGGUAAAAUAUAUUCCAAGUAUUUUAACACCAUCAAACAACUUCAAAACCAUGGUUUAGUUGAUAAGAAAAUGUAUCAGUCAACUGAAUCAAAUUUGCCUACAAACCGAUCAUCAUCAUCAUUUGAUAACAUGAUAGAAAUUGAAGAUGUCAGUACAUAUAUUUCACAAUUGCAUCAUGAAGUACUAACAUGGCCUGAAAUUGAAAUAAUUUGGUCGAAAACAACCAAUUAUAGGUUAAAAAAUAUUAAAGAGGAUGGCAAUAUUUUUGUUAAUUGGAAGCACUUUAAAGAACCGAUGGGAUAUAGACUUGUGAGAAAUUUAUAUUAACUAGUUUCAUUGUCUUGUACUUUUGUAUUUCAUUCAUUUUAUAUGUUAAAAUAUAUUUUUUUCUAGGUUAAUAUCGAUUUCAAAAAAAUGUAUCCUGAAAGCAGUUUUAUUGAAAACUUUGAAAAAUCUCAGUCAAAUUUAUUGACAGUGCUGAAAGAAAAAAUAAAAGAUACUAGUUCAAAAAAACAAUUGGAUGAAAUGUUGAAAACCUCAUACCUAACUGAAAAUUGUAAAAAUGCGGUUCUAUUCUUCCUUCUUCAUUCGGUGUUUAUUCCAAGUUCUAGAAAGACAACCAGAGAUGAAAAUGGCAAAAUUUCUUCGAAGAAAUUUUCAAUUCGAGACUCUCAGAAUAGUUUUGUCAUAUUGGGAAAAACUAGUGCAGAAUUGGAGGAGUUAAUAUCUAAGAAAAAUACGAAAAUUCAACCAUGCUUGUUGAUAAUUGGCGAAAUUAAUGACCCUAAACAAAUUAUGGUGUACUUUGAUGGCAUUAAGUAUAUCAUAAAUACAAUAGUAAAAGCUAUUGAAAUCUGUUUCAAUAUUUAUUAUGUUUUUAAUAUUGAAUAUCCGCUAGAAUCUUCAAACUUUUGGUUAUUCAUUCAAAUAUACUAUUUUAAGAUAAAAACUAUGUAUGAUAAGCCUUGUAUACAAGUUAACCAAACGAUUGCUCAACUUAAAGCUUAUGAAAAUUAUAAUAUAACAUAACAUAACUAAUGAAAUGUAUUAGUUUGCGCCGUUUGCGGUUAUUGGACAACA